GCUUUGUCUCAUACACAGUAUCUAAUUGUAAUAUAUUAUCGGGCAAAGCGCCCAUAGAAAACAUCCUCUGACGUUACGUUACUUUCUCUUUUAGCAUCGCAUUUCCUUUCCCUAACCGGCCGGCAAAAUCCACUUCCAAUUUUCCUGCGAAAUCUUCACUUCCCCCCCCCCCCUUCUUACAAUAACCCUACGAAGAAGGGGCAAAUCCCUCGUAUAACCCAAACCUUGAAAAUUGUUGCUGUCACUUCUCCUCAACUCUAAACCGCCCCCCAAUCCCAAUCGUUACUUGUUAGGGAAAAAAGGUUGAAGAAAGAAACCGGAGAAUUGGUCCGUGAAGGGUCAAAAGCAUCGACUAUGGCGACGACUACGACGAACCUUGGAGCGGGCAGCGAGGACCGGGUCAUGGCCACGGCUCAGCAGAUCUUGAAGAGUCUCAACACUCCAAAAGAGGUUCGUGAGGACAUGCUGUUGAUUUUCUCGAGCUUUGACAACCGCUUGUCUAACAUCACAGAUUUAGUCAACGAAAACUCGGAUGCCACCGGCUGCCGCUUUGAGGCUGCCGAGAAAGUGAUUCUACGGUGGGAUUCUUCAUCUUCUUCCUCCAACGUCGACGCUUCUCGUCACUCUAUCCCUUGGGAAGACUCUCCCGAUGAAGCUGCCGAGUUCCUCUCGGCUGUCGACGAAAUCCUUAAAUUGGUUGCCGAUAUGUCGAUUCGGUCUGAUAAUAAAAUGAUGGACCGGGCGGAGACGGCUAUUCAGAUGGCUAUGUCGAGGCUAGAAGACGAGUUUCGGCUUAUUUUGAUUAGGAACACCGUUCCGCUUGAUAUGGAGAGGCUUUAUGGUUCGAUCCGGAGAGUUUCUCUUUCAUUCGCGGCAAAUGAAGGGGAAAUUGGUGAGGAAUUCGAGAGUUUCGGAGAAGUUGAUAGUGAAAGAGGGUGCUUUCACGACCGAGGACCGAGUUUAGGUGAUGAUUUAUUUGUGGAUUUGAUAAACCCUGAUGCUGUUCUGGAUUUGAAAGAGAUUGCUGAGAGGAUGAUCAAUGCUGGGUACGAAAAAGAGUGUGUUCAAGCUUAUAGUAAUGUUAGGCGUGAUGCUUUGGAUGAGUGUUUAGUGAUUCUUGGAGUUGAGAAGUUAAGUAUUGAGGAAGUUCAGAAGAUUGAAUGGAAAGCUUUGGAUGAAAAGAUGAAGAAAUGGAUUCAGGCAGUUAAGAUUACUGUUAGGGUUAUUUUGAAUGGGGAAAAGAGACUUUGUGAUCAGAUUUUCAGUGGGUCGAAUUCGAUUAAAGAGAUUUGUUUUAAUGAGACCGCUAAAGGGUGUGUAAUGCUGUUGUUGAAUUUUGGGGAAGCAGUGGCUAUUGGGAAAAGAUCAUCUGAGAAGCUGUUUAGGAUCCUGGAUAUGUACGAUGUGUUAGAAGAUGCAUUGCUCGAGUUUGAGAUGAUGUUCACGGACGAAUAUAUGUAUAUCGAGGCAAAGGGAGUGUUGGCUGGAUUAGGGGAUGCUGCGAAAGGGACAUUUUUCGAGUUUGAGAAUGCUGUGAAGAAUGAGGCUUCAAAGAAACCUAUGCAGAAUGGGGAGAUUCAUCCGCUUACUCGUUAUGUGAUGAAUUAUGUGAAACUUCUUGUGGAUUAUAGUGAGACUUUGAAUUCGUUAUUGGAGAGUGAUGAGGAUGAAAUAGACGGAUUGCAGAGUGAACAUGGUGAGCUAGAGACUGUGACUCCAUUUGCCAAACGGUUGCUGUUGUUGAUAUCCUCUUUGGAAUCCAAUCUCGAGGAGAAAUCAAAACUUUACGAGGAUGGUGCAUUACAUUGUAUCUUUCUAAUGAAUAAUAAUCUGUAUAUAGUGCAAAAGGUGAAGGAUUCUGAGCUAAGAAAGCUUUUGGGAGACAAUUGGGUCCGUAAACGCCGUGGCUCGAUUCGCCAGUAUGCUACAAGUUAUCUGAGGGCUUGUUGGAUCAAAGCUUUAUAUUGUUUGAAAGAUGAAGGAAUCGGUGGUAGCUCGAAAAAUGCCUCCAAGGUAGCCUUGAAGGAAAGAUUUAAGAGCUUUAAUGCAUGUUUCGAAGACAUAUAUAGGAUACAGACUGGUUGGAAGGUCCCAGAUCCUCAACUUCGUGAAGAGCUUCGAAUUUCUAUUUCAGAGAAAGUGAUUCCAGCUUAUCGCUCCUUCAUGGGGAGGUUCGGGAGUCAGCUAGAUAGUGGAAGACAUGCUGGAAAGUACAUCAAGUAUACAUCUGAUGAUUUAGAAAACUAUCUAUUGGAUUUGUUUGAAGGAGCACCUCUUGUUCUUCACCAUAUGAGACGAAAGAGUACAUAGGGUACUGAACUCUCGAUACAGGUAUAUGCCCUUUCCGCUCACCAAGGACUAAUCGGAGCGAGUGUAUUACCGAUAUAUGUAUCUGAUGACCUUUUUUAACUUUUCUUUUGAUCUGUUUGUUGUUUUAAACACAGGUUUUGUGAAAGCUACUCCACCCUUUAUAAACUGUAUCUUGUACAUGUUUAUAGUUUCUAUAUGUGUGGAUUUUCUUGUGGUUCUUAUAGUUUUAUUUCAUGAAACACCAUUAGCAUUGUGGCAAUAUUGUUACCUCUUCAUUUUGUCA